AUGGGAUUUCGGGACCUUCAGGAUUUUAAUUUGGCUAUUUUGGGCAAACAAGGGUGGAGACUCCUUACUAGGCUAGAUUCGCUUGCUGCCCAUGUUUUUAAAGCUCGGUAUUUCCCAAAUGGUACUUUUCUCAAUGCUUCCCUUGGAAAUAACUCGAGUUUUGUUUGGAGAAGUAUUUUAGAAGCUCAACAUUUGAUUCGAGAAGGAGUGCACUGGUGUGUGGGUAAUGGUGAAGACAUUAAUAUUCUUGACGAACCUUGGUUGCCUAUUAAGGAGAAUCCGUAUGUUUCUUCCCUACAUCCUGGUUUGUUUAAUGUUAGAGUUUCUAAUUUACUAUGUGUUGAUGGUUCUAGUUGA